AUGGCGGACGCCAAGGACUGCGUGUGCGCCGUGCCCAAGCUGUUCCUCGGCCAGAUGCCGCCGGACGUGUCCAAGGACGACGUCCUGGCGCUGUUCAAGGGCUACGGCACGAUCGUGCGGGUGGACAUGCUGGCCACGCGCGACGGGCGGCACCGCGGCUGCGCCAUGGUGUGGUUUCAGCGGUGGGGCGACGCUGAGCGGGCGCUGGAGGGCGAGGCGGGGGGCCUGCCCUUCGGGGGAUCCAAGAGCCUGGUGGUGAAGUUCGCGGACCCGCCGCGGCGCGGGGAGAACCAGACCGGCGUGAAGGCCAAGAAGCUGUUCGUGGGGCAGGUUCCCAGAGAUGCUACUGAAUCUGAUGUGAGGGCACUGUUUGAGCCUUUUGGUGAAAUUGUGGAUUUUCAAAUGCCUCGCAGAAAAAUGGUUGCAGGCUGUGCUUUUGUCAAAUUUGCCAAAUGGGCUCAGGCUGAGAUGGCCAUGGAAGCCCUGGAUGGUCAAAACAGGUUUCCCAACUCCACCCGCCCCCUUGUCGUCAAGUUCGCUGAUGCCAAACCCCAGCAGGAGCAGUCGAACGUUGGUGACAAGCGCAGGCUUCCUGAGGAAGGCAUGGGAAAACUUGCGAAAAGGAGCAUCCAGCGUGGAAUGGAGGUGCCCAUGGGUAUGGGCAUGCCGAUGGGCAUUGCUGGUGGACUUGCCCAGGGCUCAAUGGGCCGAAUGCCAGAAAUGGACGUGGGAAUGGGCUCUGGGAUGGGCUCAAUGUCUGCCAUUGCUAACACUAUGACAAUGGGCCAGAUGGGGGCACUUGUUGGGAGGAAUGUAGGCAUGGGGAAAGGCGUGCUUGACGAUGUUAAUCCCAUGGGGAUGGGGCCAUUGGAUAUGGCGACAGGAAUGGGCAGCUCACGAGACGCCAGCAUGUCUUCAGGAUCAUACCUUCAGGAACAGUACGGCAUGCCUGGCAAUGGGUGCCGAGGCGUGUCGUCAUCCCUUGUGGGAAUGAAGGGCAGGCUUGGCUUCUCUGAAAGCUCAAACGUGUUAAACAGCAGCUCGCUGAAUGGGGCCCAAGUUGGCGUGGGGUUCAUGGAUCGGCCCAACUACAGAGCCUCGGUAGGUGCCACUUCUCUGGCAAGCAUGAUACCUGGCAUCAGCAACGAUGACGGUGGCCAGGCCAAUGGUCUGAGUGCAGGCGAGGCAGCAGAGGAUCUGGGCAACAACGGCUUCACCAACCUGUCUGCUGGUGACGUAAUGUGCAUGAAUGCAGGUAUGGGGGCCUUGAGGAUGAUGGGGAAUGCCAACAUGGGGUCUCAAGUGGCGUUCAUGGGCGGGAUGGGCGGCAUGGGGAUGGGCAUGGGCGCCGUGAAGCAGGACCUGGGGAGCAUGGGAAUGACCAAUGGGCAGCAUGCCCGGACUGCGCCAUCCCAAGCGGGGCGCCAAGCCCCGGUGGUUAAUCGCAACCAGAGCCUGGGCCCCGGCAUUGACGACGUCGCAGCAGAGCAGUGGAAGCUGUUCGUUGGCCAGAUAUCGAAGGAGGCAGACGAGUACGACCUGUGGGGCGUCUUCUCGCCCAUCGGCGCCAUACUGGAGCUGAAAAUCUUGCGGAAGAAGGGCCAGUCCUGCGGCUGUGGGUUCGUGACGUACGCGUCGCAGGAUCUAGCGGAGGAGGCAAUCGUCAGGCUAAACGGCCAGUGCAUUCCGUGGGACCCGGACCAGCGCAAGCUGGUGGUUCAGUACAGGGCGAAGUGA